AAGAGUUCAUUAGCACAUUUUAUUGAUCCUCUCAAAAUCUGCGUUAAGGCUUGGUGUUUGCACGACGCAGCAGGGCAGAAUACCCACAAUUAUCUUUCAUGGUUCUUGGAUAAGAGACAAAAG